AUGCGAUCAACUCUCGCAGAAGCCAAUGCUUCAGCUGCUCACUUUCUGUUUCAAAAACAAGCAACGGAAGCAACCGCAGCAGUAAGGGCAGCUCGGCUGCGAUUAUCUGGUUAUAAUGAUGAGAAGCUAGAGCUGGUUCUUUUUGCACUGGAAGAUUUAAGGAAGUCAUUGAAGGAACAAGGGUCUAAUUUGAUGAUCAGGUUUGGGAAUGCAGAAAAUGUGAUAAAAGAGCUAGUACUAGAGGUGGAAGCUACCAAUGUGUUUGCGGAAGUGGAGGUAGAGUAUCACUUGCGGGAGAUAACGGGUGUUGUGGAAAAAACCUUAAGGAGAUUGCCUUUGUUUGAUAGGUGUCCGGAGAUUGUGUUGUGGCAGACUCCGUUUUAUGAUGUUAAGAAUUUGAAGGACUUGCCUGUUUCGUAUGACAAGUUUGAGAAGCUUCGAUUGGCUGUUACUUCACCUCUUCUACCUUCAAGAUUGCCUAGUGCAGAAAUAGAGUUGGACUGGGGUAAGUUUCUUUGUUUGAAAAAUGGAAGAGAAUUGUUGGUUUGUAGAAGUAUUUACAAUUGUGAUAAAGUAAGGGGGGACGAUGACUAA